GGCGGCGUGGUGGCGGUUGCGCUGCGACGGCCCGCGAAGGCGUCGCCCGGGUCGGUGUACCGCAGCCAUCUCGUGUUCGAACGGCUCCUCCCGGAAAUGCGCGCCUUCGCCUCGCACCCUAACCCAGCAUACAGUAUGUCCUAGAACUUGGUGCCUUGGUGGUGCUAGACAAGAGGAGAAAGUAACAGAAAGAAGACAAUAUUUUGCAAAAGGCUGUUCUUGAUUCAGUUGCAAUGGGUCACAUAGCCAGUUUGCAGAUGAGUGUUGGCAAGGACAGUCCGUUUCCCCCAUAUGUCAUGCAAAUUAUAGGGUACAAGCUAAGAGGUUCCAGUUGUGCCAGUAGAGUAACAACUAGUGUUUUAGGCAGUCAACAUAGCAUAAAUAUAUCCAGCUGCUAUAACAUUCUAUGUCACUGCUUGCGUGUUGACAAUGGUGCUCUGAAAUAAGUACUGUCUUACUUUGUGUCCUUUGAUGUUUGGCCUUUACAAACAAGGAAGAAGAACCAUCUUGCAUGGAAGUGAAAAGAAGCAGCUUGAGAUAUUUUUCAAUCUGUUAACAUCACCCAGAAGAAAUCUUUGUGACUUCCUCCGGUAGAGUGAUAGUUGAACAUGGCAAUGCUGUUGAUCUUUGAUCAGUACAACUGCACUACUAAUCUUAGCAACCAUUUGAAAUCCAAUCGUGAAUUCCUGUUGGAUGCCUUUGAUCAUCAUGACCACCAAUUUUCUUGUUCUUAUGAUAAUAACACUUACUACAUGUAUUUGAUGUAAUUUUGUCUUGGCACUGUGCAGUUAGUGAUGUCACAUUAUAAAAAGACUGGAAAGCGAUGGUCACCUUGUAUCAGCAAGAGGUUGACACAAUCAGAGUUACCACCUUCAAAUGGUUAUCUCAUUGUUGAAGCAAACGGUGGCCUGAAUCAACAAAGAAUUUCAAUUUGCGAUGCGGUUGCUGUGGCCAGAGUUCUUAAUGCAACUCUUGCGACCCCAGCGUUUCAUUUGAAUAGCGUUUGGCGUGAUUCUAGCAAAUUUGGUGAUAUUUUUGACGAAGAUCACUUUAUUGAGACACUCAGGAAAUAUGUAAGGGUUGUAAAAGAACUUCCUGAAGACGUUUUUCUGCGAUUUGACCGUAAUAUCAGCGCAAUACCAAAUAUGAGAACCAAAGCCUUCUCAUCUCCAAGUUACUACCUACAAAAUGUGCUUCCAAAGUUGUUGGAGCUACGGGUUGUGCGUAUUGCCCCUUUCUCAAAUAGAUUGGCCCAUUCAGUUCCGUCAAAUAUGCAGGCGUUGAGAUGUUUGGCAAACUAUGAGGCAUUGAGAUUUUCUGAUCCAAUAAAAAAUCUUGCGGAGAAUAUGGUUGACCGAAUGAUCAAGAGGAGUUUUUUAACUGGUGGGAAGUACGUCUCAGUGCAUCUUCGCUUUGAAGAGGAUAUGGUAGCUUUCUCAUGCUGCACAUAUGAUGGUAGUUGGAAUGAGAAUAUUGUAAUGGAAAAUGCUCGUGAAAAGAGCUGGAGAGGGAAGUUUCACCGACGUGGUCGAGUGAUUAAUCCCGAGGCAAACCGAAGGAAUGGGAGAUGCCCUUUGACACCUUUAGAGGUUGGAAUGAUGCUGCGAGGCAUGGGAUUUGACAAUACUACUUCCCUUUAUGUUGCCUCUGGUAAAAUAUAUAACACCAAAAAGUUUAUGACUCCUCUUCGCCAGUUGUUUCCACUUUUACAAACAAAAGAAACUCUGGCUACACCUGAGGAACUUGCACAGUUCAAGGAACAUUCAUCUAGAUUGGCAGCAUUGGACUACUCUGUCUGUCUUCACAGUGAAGCAUUUGUGACGACACAAGGAAGUAACUUCCCUCACUUUCUGAUGGGGCACAGACGUUAUCUGUAUGGAGGACAUGCGAAGACAAUAAAACCAGAUAAAAGGAAACUAGUUGUACUCUUUGACAACCCAAAUAUCAGAUGGGAUCGAUUCAAGCGCCACAUGCAGGAUAUAUGUCGGCACAGUGAGAUGAAAGGUUUCGGAUUAAGGAAACCCCAUGAAUCCAUAUACACCCUCCCAAUGCCUGACUGCAUGUGUCAGCAAUCUGAAGCAUGAUCUAGGAUAGCAUGUAGGAAGCAAGGAAUCAGGCAUGUUCCACCCUUGUAACUAGUCACACACUCACACCAUAUUAACAGUAAGCAAAGGAAAUCCAAUGCUGUUGAUAUGAAUACCUUCUACAAGAAUUAUAGAUUUGAUAAGGCUAACACAGUGACAUCAAUCGGUUUAUAUGUAAAGAAGGUAAUACACAGCUUUAUCUAAAAUAACACACACCUUAU